AUGGCAUGCUCGUCGAAUACGUAUCGUAUUACCAUCGUUGGUGCAGGUAUUAUCGGCUUGACAACAGCGUGCACUAUAUUAAAAGAAUAUGCAGCAAAUGAAAAUCUUCAAUUAACGAUUCUUAGUGAAAAAUUUUCGCCAGACACAACGGGGGAUAUUUCAGCUGGAUUUUGGGAACCCUAUGGGUUGAAUGCUGUCGAUGAACGAAUACUUCGUUGGGCUGGUUAUACCUAUGAUAUAUUUCUCAGUGAAUUUUUUUCAACAAAAGCUGCUCGUGCUGGUAUUAUAAAACUUCCAUCGUAUAGUUUACAAGGUUACAAUGGUCAGAAUAUCAAGGAUGAUGAAACUACAAAAAAGCCUGAAUUUUUAAAAUUAGUUCGACAUUCUCAUUCAUUGGAUCAACAUGAACUGGCGAUGUUUGAUCAUUUAAAACCAAAAUCAGGUUUUGUAAUGGUAUCAGUGGCUGUUGAAGUUCGAAAAUAUUUACCACAGUUACUACGUUUUCUUUCUGAAGAUUCUCGAGUUAAAUUUAUUAAAAAGAAAAUUCACUCACUUAUUGAAUUAAAAGAUAAAGCUGAUGUUGUUAUUAAUUGUACAGGUUUAGCUUCGAGAGAUUUAGUUGGUGAUCAGACACUUCGACCGGCACGCGGACAAGUUCUUCGUGUUCAUGCACCAUGGAUAAAGUCGGUGUAUACAUUUGAUACAGAAGAUGGUUUCGGAUACGUUAUUCCACAAGGCGAUACUGUUGUUUUAGGUGGAACAUUUCAAUUAAAUGAUUGGAAUACGAAACCAGUGGCAAGUGAUACUCAAAAAAUUCUUCGAAUGUGUAGCAAAGCGUUGCCUGCUCUUGAACAAAUUCGCCAUGGAAAAGUACAAGUUGGUUUAAGACCUUAUCGAGACAAUGGUGUACGUCUUGAACAUGAAAAAACAUCGAUUGAUAUGAAUGUCGUGCAUUGCUAUGGUCAUUCGGGCGCUGGUGUAACACUUUCAUGGGGUUGUGCCAAAGAUGUAGUAGACAUAGUUAAAACUUUAUUACCGCCGAAGUCAAAGCGACAAGAUAAUUUACUUGAGCAUGAAAAACUAUGGCGUCUAAUACCAAAUUUUGAAUAUGUUGUAUUGAAAGCUAAAAUUUAA